GGAAAAACAAAGAAAUCGAACGCGAAAAAGAGAGGAGAGAGAGAGAGAGAGAGAGAGAGAGAGAGCGCUUCGAUCGGCAAUGGACAUCGGAGCGAAGGUGCCGAAGAAGGCCGGCGCGGCGGGGCGUCGGGGCGGCGGCGGCCCGAAGAAGAAGCCGGUCUCCCGCUCCGUGAAGGCCGGCCUCCAGUUCCCCGUCGGUCGAAUCGGCCGCUACCUCAAGCAGGGUCGCUAUUCCCAGCGCAUCGGCUCCGGCGCCCCUGUCUACCUCGCCGCCGUCCUCGAGUACCUCGCCGCCGAGGUCCUCGAGCUGGCGGGGAACGCGGCGCGGGACAACAAGAAGAACCGGAUCAUCCCGCGGCACGUGCUCUUGGCGAUCCGCAACGACGAGGAGCUCGGGAAGCUGCUAGCCGGCGUCACCAUUGCGCACGGCGGGGUGCUGCCCAACAUCAACCCCGUGCUGCUCCCAAAGAAGGCCGCCUCCGCCGCUGCCAAGGAGAGCAAGGAGAAGAAGUCUCCCAAGAAGGCGGCCACCAAGUCUCCCAAGAAGGCGGCAGCCGCCUAGCCUGGCCGGGCCCGGGCAGCGCUGGUGCCCCGUCUCUCGCGCUCUCUCUCUCUGUGCAUGUGUGUGUGUGUGGGGUUUGAACUGAAACGCUCCUAGCUGCUUUUGUCGUCACGACCCUUGUUGCUUGAUACACUUGUCGUGGUUAUUUGUAUGUAAUUGCGUGCCUUUCGCACAAUCAGCUUUGUAUUGUGUAGGUUAACACUGGUCUAGGUUUCGAUGUGAAAAAACACUGGUCUAGGUUCGAGGAGCGUGAAGGGCAGGGUCGGGUGUGGGAGGAGGGUACUGUGAAUCAUUAGGUGCUGUUUGUAAUAAGAUUGCGAAGAUGUGUAAAAUUAUGGGCAUCCAUUCUGUGCUUGAUUGUCUGGAUGUGGUUUUGUU